AUGGCCCUCAUCAAGCCAGCUGCCUACCUUCAACUCUUGGAGACCGGGAAAUACUCAGAUCUUGUCAUUGACUGUCAAGGAGUCGAAUUCAAUGUCCAUCGUACCGUCGUCUGCCCACAAUCUGCAAUGCUAGACGCGGCAUGCAGUGGAAAAUUCGAGGAAGCUCAUACUGGCCGGAUCAAAUUUCCAGAGCAGCACCCUUAUAUCAUGGCACGAGCUAUCCUUUUCAUGUACACCGCCGACCACCUGCUCCCCGACUUUUUAAUUAAGAAGAUAACUCAGGAUCAGAAAGAUGCACUGGGAGAGAUUUUUUCUUACACGUUUAGAGAGAUCGACGAAUUGGACAUGAGGCGUCUCAAGGUCAAUGCUCUGCUGUAUGGAUGUGCGGACAUGCUUGGGAUAGAGGACUUGAAGACGAUAGCGUCCGAGCUCUUCAUGGAAGUCGCUGCGCUUGCUUUUGAGUAUGAUGGCUUCGAGGAACCAUUGCAGUUGCUUUACGAGAAUACGAGACCGGAUGAUUGUGACUUGAGGCUCAAAGUCACCGGCCUUUGCGUGGAGAACCAUGACUUGCUUGAAACCCGAACCAAGACACUUGAGGUUCUCCAGGAUCAUGAGCCGAAUGUUUGGCACGUCUCGGUUGAGCUCUUCAAGCGGUGGACGUCUUCCCAGCAAGGCCAGUCCAUGGAAAAGCUCCCGCUGAGGAACCGAGGGAGGCUUUCGAAAACUACCAUGAAGUGA